UUUCCUCUCUUUCCCACGUGCGUUUUCAAAUCCUCAGUGAAGCGAAAGCGGAGAGGUGUUCUAAAGCCGAUUUCCUUCCCUUUUAAAGAAUACAACAUUCCAAAAUGGCAACUGAUGAAGUGAAUCCCAAAGCCUAUCCUCUGGCUGACCCACAGUUGACGGUGACUAUCCUGGAUUUGGUUCAACAGGCCUCGAGUUAUAAACAGCUAAGAAAGGGUGCCAAUGAAGCUACCAAGACUCUCAACAGAGGUAUUGCAGAGCUCAUCAUCAUGGCUGCCGAUGCUGAGCCCUUGGAGAUUCUGCUUCACCUUCCACUUCUUUGUGAGGAUAAGAAUGUGGCCUAUGUGUUUGUCAGAUCAAAAGCAGCUCUCGGUCGUGCAUGUGGAGUUGCCAGGCCGGUGAUUGCUGCAUCGAUCGUCGUCUUGGAAGGAUCACAACUCAAGCCUCAGAUUCAGUCUCUGCAAUUGGCAGUUGAGAAACUUCUCAUCUAAAUUCUUCAUGAAGAACUUUUAAUUUUCUGCAUCCACAAUGUACAUGUAUGAUAGUACAUGUACAUUUUUGUGGUUUUUCCUGUUAUGUAAAUAGUGACGUAAGUAAAUGAAAAAAACCCCAUAAAUCCUCUCAUCAUCAUCAUUGUAACCCUAGUAUUCUAUUUGAAAAUCGAGCAAACCAUAGAAUAUGGAGUAGCUGUUUGCUUGUACAUGUAGACAACGUUUUAAAAUACCAGCCUGUCAAACAAACCAAAGUGGUCAGAUUGUUAUCAGAAUUACUCAUCUGUUGGAGAAUUUGGUUCCUUUCCUGAUUUUCCACUGUGAAGUACAUCUGUUUUGUGAACUAAAUCCUGUGUUCCACUCGCAAUAUGUACCAGAAUUGACAAUGUAAUUUUGACAAAUAUCUAUGGUUAAUCAAGUGGAACGAAGACCGACUCUGCGUUAACUACAUGUACUCCCCAGUUCCCUCUAAAAAAUAACCUGGUUGAUAUUACCUUUUUAAGAUGUUCGGUUCAGUUGCAUCCAGCCUUUGUCUUCUCAAAUUAAACAUUUUCUCAGGAACCAUGCAUUUAUCAUUGUAUAAUGAAAGUCUGAUGGCAAAAUUUUAAUGAAUAAGGCAAUUGAGCAAGGCAUUUAUGUAGGCAGACAUGAUGGCCGGCAUGAGCUAUGUUUUAUAUUGUUACAAAAUAAAAGUGCACAAUUCUA